CAACAAAAGUUUAAAAUGAAAGUUUAUAAAAUGUCUUCAAAAUUAAAAUGCAUUCUUCUAAUGAGUAUUUAGUUUCAAAACAGUGAUAAAUAAACAGUAUUUACCUGUAUAAUAUUACUCAAAAUUUUGUGAUUUGCUCAUAAAUAACCUUUUUCUGAAUGUGACAAUUAUAAUUUUCAUUUUGCUUUGAAAACUCAAUAAGAAUAUGUAAGCCAGCCGAACAUAUUCCCAGAGAUGUAUCAUGAACGUCAAAGUCUCCAGUUCUGUGCAUUACAUGUGUUAAACAACCUGUUUCAAGAAAGAGUAUUUUCCAAACAAGAACUUGAUGACAUUUGCUAUUCGUUGAACCCUGAUGCAACUAUCAAUCCUCACAAAAGCAUGUUUGGUUUGGGAAACUAUGAUGUGAAUGUCUUGACAGUGGCAUUGCAACUCAAAGAUUAUGAAUUUAUAUGGUUUGACAAGCGAAUUGAUCUAACCUCACUGGAUCUGACCAAUAUCUAUGGCAUCGUUCUCAACAAGUUUUACAAACCAAAAUGCCUCGGUUUAGAAAUUCCCAUAAAGCGCAGACACUGGCUUGCGAUUCAAAAAGUGGAUGAGAGCUUCUAUAAUUUGGAUUCAAAACUUGAUGUUCCAAAAUACAUUGGAAAUGAAGAUGAUUUGAUAAAGUUUUUGAGGUCUGAACUUGAGGUGACAGCUACUCAGUUGUUUUUAGUUGUAUCAAAUUCACUGCCCAAAGAUAGCUGGAUGAAAAUGAGCUAGACUUUGGUGGAAAUUUUGAUUAUAGGUAUCAUAUUGUGACCAUGGUUUGCCAGAUUAGCUAAGGACAAGAAAAAAAUUGUGCUAGCAUGAAUGUCUUCGGCAAUAUUUUUUAGCAGAUCUAUCAACCCUGUGUAAAUCUGAAAAAGGUUAUCUUUUGUUUUUACUGGUAUUAU